AUGGCAAAAGUCCUGGCCAACAAACUAAAAAAAAUUCUCCCGUGUAGUAUCCAUGAGUCCCAAAGUGGUUUUGUUCCUGGGCGUCUGAUUACUGAUAACACUUUGGUUGCUUAUGAAUGUUUUCAUUAUCUGAGAAAAAAGGAAAAAGGUGUGAAGGGAAAUCUCGCUCUCAAAUUGGAUAUGAGUAAAGCCUAUGAUAGGGUGGAAUGGUCCUUUUUGCGCAGUAUAAUGGAGAAAAUGGGAUUUCCGGAAUUAUUUGUGAAUUCUAUUAUGCAGUGUGUUACAUCAUCUUCUUUCUCAAUUCUUGUGAAUGGGCAGCCUAGUGAUGGGUUCACUUCAAGCCAGGGGCUCAGACAAGGGGAUCCUCUAUUCCCCUUUCUGUUUAUUCUAUGUGCAGAAGGGUUGUCUGCUCUUCACAGAGAAGCUGAAAAAAAAAAUCCAUACAUGACGUGA